CAUCAUGUCGAACCAGAAGACAGUCUUUGUGACAGGUGGGACUGGCUAUAUUGGGUCACACUGCAUUGUGGACCUACUCAAUGAAGGGUAUAAUGUCAUCACUAUUGACAACCUGACGAACAGCCGCUCUGGUGCGCUCAAGAGGGUGGAAGAAAUCACCGGCAAAAGAGUCACCUUCUACCAGUGUGACCUUUUAGAUGGCCAGACAGUGCACAAAAUAUUUGCCAAGCACAAAAUUGACUAUGUCAUCCACUUUGCUGCCAUGAAGGCUGUUGGGGAGUCCAUGCAGUUUCCUCUGAUAUAUUACAAGAAUAAUGUUAUUGGAACCAUCAACCUUGUGGAGGCAAUGAAGGCCAACAAUGUAUACCAGAUGGUGUUCUCCUCCUCGUGCACAGUGUAUGGUGAUCCAGAACACUUGCCCAUCACUGAGGACCAUCCGACGGGUGCCGUCACUAAUGUGUAUGGUCGCACAAAGUACCUCAUUGAAGAAAUGCUUAAGGAUCUCUCCCGGGCUGAGGAGAAAUGGAACAUCAUUGCCCUAAGGUAUUUCAACCCUGUAGGGGCCCACCCAUCUGGUCGCCUGGGUGAAGAUCCUACCAAAAACUUCACCAAUUUGAUGCCUUACAUAGGCCAGGUGGCUAUUGGCAAGAAGCCCAACCUAACAAUAUUUGGCAGUGAUUACGACACAGCAGAUGGCACAGGUGUCCGUGACUACAUACAUGUGAUGGACCUCGCUUCAGGGCAUGUGUCUGCUCUUAGCAAACUGGACCAGGAGCACCUCAGAUACAAGACAUACAACCUGGGUACAGGGCAGGGAGUUUCAGUGUUGCAACUUGUCAAGGCUUUUGAAGCUGUGACUGAUACUAAAGUGCCUUACGAGCUGAAACCUCGUCGUGAAGGAGAUAUUGUGUCCAUGUUUGCCAACACCACUCUUGCCAAGAAUGAGUUGGGCUGGACAGCCAAGUACUCUCUAGAAAACAUGUGUGAAGACUUCUGGAGAUGGCAAACCAUGAAUCCUGAUGGCUAUGCCAAAGAUGAACCUUUUGCAGCUUCCGUGUUGGAGCAACCAAUGAUGGAGAAGAAUGUUGCUGCCACCUCCAAGGUUGCUAAUGCCUCAAAUGGCAUCACAUCUGCCAAUGGAUUGAAUGGUGUCAAUGAUCAUUGAAGACCCACUAAGUUUCUCAGAAAAUACAUCUGAGAGAGGCUGUAUGGCAUCUUCUAGUUCAGAGGUUUUCAAACUGGGUGCCGCGGACAGUGCCUAGGCGUGCCACAAGAUCAUCAUGAAUUUUGAACCAUUCUUUUUUUCUUCUUUUUAUGUUAGUCUGCAUUUAUAACUCUUAAUCUAAUUCGACUGAUGAGUUCUGUUUGGGCAUGUACUGUACCAUAUGUUAAUUUUGGUUUGAGUAUGGAUAAUAAUUUUUAUUCAUUAAAGUAAUUUAAACAGGUGCAGUUGUGUAUAAGAAGUUAAUUCAUGAGGUGAAAAAGAGGUGCCACAAAAGGGUUUAUAGAAGUUCUGGGUGCCAUCACUGAAAAAAGAUUGAGAACCUCUGUUCUAGUUACAUACAGUAUUAGUUUUCAUAACUUAACCCUUUCCAUCUGUGACACAGAUGUCGGCAUCACAGUAUGGAAAGGGUCAAGAGGAAAUGGAAGAGGAUUAAUCCUCUUCUAAACCUCUCAAUCCUCCUCUAAAUUCCUCUUAAUCCUCUUAAGAGGUUUAGAAGAGGACUAAUGGUGACGACGUCGGACGUCGGCGUCGCCGGAGUGAAGGGGUUAAGCUUAUACACAUGUUACUGUAUAUAUCAGAAUGACUGAUCUUGGGAAUUUAAAAAAAUCAAAAUUACUGUUUUGAAAGUCAUCAGAAUGUUUUACAUUAAUCAUAGAACCUAAACAAAUCUGAACAAAAUGAUAACUGCAAAUUGUUUAACCUUUCAGUUUCUUAAAAUGUUUAAAAUUUUGAUUUUGGAAAGUAAUCAAUGCCUAUGUUUACAACACUUUCAUGAAUGAUAACCCUGUGUGUCAUCUUAAGUAACAAGUGUUAGUGGCAGUUCUGAACUGGGAGAUAACCCGUGGGCAUGAGGGAGUGGAGCACUUCAGAGUAACUUAUUCCUUUUGAGUUUGUCUGCAAGGAGGUGUGUUGAGCCCCACAUGGGAUUCCUGAAACAGCUUUUUUUUUUCACAAUGUGUUCAUUCCUUGAAAAUGUAAACACACUUCCCAUGUCUACCUCAUGAAAUGUCCUGUUUCAGAUUUUUAGGUUUAUCUCCUUUGCACAAUUUUAGCAACAUUCCAGUUAAAUUUGUCAAAGUAUUAUGAAUAUCUAGUUUCACUAGGGAUACGCCACAUCUUUUUACCUUUUGUAAAAGUUUCACGACUGAGUAACUGCUGGGAAGAAUAUCCAUUAAUAAAAGAUGAUAUGUCCCCUUCGUACUCUUAAAAGCAGAUGUAUGAAUUGGUUCCAAGUGUUCAGUCAUAUUAUCAAGCUUUUAGUGUUAAUAUGACGAUACCAAUGGCAAGAAAUUAACAUGCAACUUAUGCCUCUGCACCAUUAUUUAUUACAGAGUCAUACUAAAGUUGCAUUAUUAGACUAGUGUAUUGACAUAUGCCAUAUGGAGGUAUUUAUCCUUUACAAACUGUCUUGGGUAUUGUUGCAUUAACCUGAAGCUUUGUAAGGAUGUUAUUUAUAUUUUUGCACAAGUUUUUUUUGUAUAAAUAUUUUCACCAUACUGUUUUGUGAAGCGUGGGAAGUUUGAAAUGCCAUUAAAUACAUAUAAUUUUAACAUAAUUCAACAGUGAUACAUUGCCUACUUCAAAAUCAAGUUGCAACUUGUGUGCAAGACAUUAAUGGGAUAUUUAGUUUUAAUAAAAUUUUCAUAGCAAAA